AUGUUCACGUUUUUGGCCUCAUCGACGAUCGAAACGAAUACGUCGUUUGCAUCUUUGGUACUGGUGAGCGUUGUCGUGCUGGCAAGCGCUUGGCUAUGGCACCGGUAUAGCAACCGCGCUGGCGAGAGAGCACCUGCCCUUAAGCCUGAUACGUUCACCCGGUUCCGUCUGGUAGCCAAAACCGUCGUGUCCCAUAACACGCGUCUGUUUCGGUUCGCGCUUCCGUUCCCUGAUCAACUACUUGGUCUGCCGCCAGGGCAGCACGUUGUGCUACGUGCGCGCGUUCCUGACGCCGAGGAGCCAAUUCUCCGACCGUACACACCGGUGUCGAAACCGGAAACACGCGGUUACUUCGAGUUGCUCGUGAAGGUCUAUCCUGCGCCUAGCGGAAAAAUGGGUCGCUAUCUAGACGCUCUGGAACCGGGAAGAGACUUUGUGGAAGCACGAGGCCCAAGCGGAACCUUCAGUUACCAACGGAACAUGGUUGCAGAACUUGGUAUGAUCGCAGGCGGCACGGGGAUCACGCCCAUGUGGCAAUUGAUUCAAGUAAUCCUGAGUGACCCUUCUGAUAAGACUCGAAUCAAACUGAUCUUUGCAAAUGUGAAAGAAGAAGAUAUUUUAUUGCGUUCUGCGAUCGAUGCUGCAGCAGCGCAAUACGCGGAGCGAUUCACUCGUUUUUACGUCCUAAACGAGCCGCCUGCUGAAUGGAGCAUGGGCAUAGGUUUCGUUACGCAAGAGCACAUCCGAAGUUUUAUAGGUCUCCCGGAUGCGAGCAAGAUGGUGCUCAUCUGCGGCCCGCCGCCGAUGAACAAGGCAAUGCGCGAGCAUCUCGAGGCCCUUGGCUACGACAAAGCCGCUGUGUUUCGGUUCUAA